AUGGCGGGUGAAGUAGACAGCUAUUCUCACGACAGAGAGCCACGCAACGACCAAGAUGGAAGAGGAGAAGAAGAAGUAGGAGGGGUAGGAGAAGUGCGGGAGAAACACAGCGUCGACGACCAUGGGCAAGGCAGCAUCACGACGGCAGACACCAAGAUAUCCCCUGACCGUACCCGGGCCCAGACCGUCAUCCUGAUGCUCGCGCUCUGCAUGGCCGUCUUCCUCGCGGCUCUCGACGCCGUCAUCAUCACUACCGCCCUCCCGACAAUCGCGCGGGAGAUUGGCUCCUCGGACUCGGGGUUCGCGUGGAUCGGCGCGAGCUACCUGCUAGCCAACGCCGCCUCGGUGCCAUUCUGGGGCAAAGUCAGCGACAUUUUCGGGCGCAAGCCGAUCCUCGUCAUCGCCAACGUCGUCUUCAUGGUCGGCAGCCUCGUCUCGGCGCUCGCGGGGACGCUGACGAUGCUGGUCGCCGGGAGAGCGGUGCAGGGGCUCGGGGCCGGCGGGCUGAUGGCGCUGGUCAACAUCACCGUCGGGGACCUCUUCAGCCCGAGGGAGAGGGGCGCGUACUUUGGCAUGGUCGGUGCCGUUUGGGGUCUCGCCAGCGGUAUUGGACCGCUCAUCGGCGGCGGGUUGACGGAGAACGUUUCGUGGAGGUGGUGUUUCUGGGUCAACCUGCCCAUCUCGGGCGCGUCUCUCCUCGCCCUGGUCUUCUUUCUACGCAUCCACACGCCCCAGACGCCGCUGCUCAAGGGCCUGGCGGCGAUUGACUGGCUCGGCACGUUGACGUUCACGGGGGCGACGUUGAUGCUCCUCCUCGGACUGCAGUUUGGCGGGCUGCGGAACCCGUGGGACUCUCCCACGGUCAUCUGCCUCAUCCUCUUCGGCUGCGUCACCUACGCCGUCUUCGCGCUCGUCGAGCGCUCCGCAAAGUACCCGCUGAUGCCGGCCUCGCUGUUCCGCGACACGUCGGUCGUCUUCUGCUACGUGGCCAACUUCUGCCACGGGCUAGGGUUCGCGGCCAUUGCCUUCUUCUUGCCGCUCUACUUCCAGGCGGUGCUGGGGGCGGGGCCUAUCCAGUCCGGGGUGUGGCUUCUCGCCACGGCGCUGCCGCUGGCGGUCUGCACCAUUGGCGUCGGGGUGACGAUCAAGAAGACGGGGCGGUAUGUCGAGAUUGUGCGCGUGUCGAUGGCGCUGACGGCCAUUGCGUUUGGACUAUUCAUCACGCUGCCGUCAGGGCGAGACUGGCCGCGGUUGAUCCUCUUCCAGGUGCUGGCGGCGCUGGGGAUCUCGCCGAACUUGCAGGCGCUGCUGAUUGCGCUGCAGGCGCUGGUGAGGCAGCGGGACGUGGCGGCGGGGACGGCGACGUUUGCGUUUGUGAGGCACGUUGCGCUGGGCGUCGGGGUCGUUGUCGGGCAGGUCAUCUUCCAGAGCGUACUAGGGCGGCACGAGGGCCGGUUGUUGGCGGCCGGGGUGCCGGCGGAGGUGGCGGAGAAGUUUGGGAGCGGGUCGGCGAUUGCCGCGGCGGCGCACGGGGUGAUGGAGGGGUUGAGCGCGGGGCAGAGGCGGGUUGUGAGGGCUGCGGUGACGGAUGGGUUGAGUAAGCUGUGGAUCUUCUUUUGUGUCAUGUCCGGUGUCGGGUUUGUGGCUACGUUUUUUAUCAGGCAGGUUGAGUUGAGUGAGAUGCAUACGGAGACGAAGACUGGCUUGGAGGCGGAAGAGGCCAAAGUUGGUGAAGGGAAUGGGGAACGAGAUGAGCAGGUUUAG